AUGGCGGACGUCGCAGAGAAUGGUCACGCCGUGACCGAUGAGAAUGCCGCCCCCGCAGUCGCUGCCUCGUCCGAUGAGGCGAUCACCGUUUUCCACAACCCCGAGAACUUCAACGUCAAGCACCCGCUCAUGCACGAGUGGACCCUCUGGUUCACCAAGCCUCCCUCCGGAAAGGGCGAUAACUGGAAUGAUCUGCUGAAGGAGGUCGUCACAUUCAGCUCCGUCGAGGAAUUCUGGGGCAUCUACAACAACAUCACGCCAACCUCCGAGCUGGGCCUCAAGGCCGACUACCACCUCUUCAAGAAGGGCGUACGACCGGAGUGGGAGGACCCCCAGAACAAGCACGGUGGCAAGUGGUCAUACCAAUUCAAGGACAAGCGGUCCGUCCCCAUUGACGACCUGUGGCUGCACGCCCAACUUUCCGCCAUCGGCGAGACCCUCGAGGGCGACGGCGACAACGAGGUCAUGGGUGUGGUCGUGAACGUGCGCAAGGGCUUCUACCGUAUCGGUCUGUGGACCCGCACCGUUGGCAAGAGUAUCCCUGGUGACAAGGCUACUCGCACGCCCGCCCAGGGUAAGGAGGUACUGGAGUCGAUCGGUCAUCGGUUCAAGGACGUACUCCGUCUUAAGGAGGCGGAUGUCGUCGAGUUCUCCGGUCACACCGAUAGCGCACACAGCGGCAGCACCCGUGCCAAGGCCAAGUACACCGUUUAA